AUGAAGUUGAUUUUUAUAUUUUUAACUCUAUUAAUUUUUGUUUCUUCAUGUACAUCAAUACUUAUAAAGGAAUCUAGUGAAGAAGAGAGAAUAUAUCCUUUCAAUCCAGUAGCAAGUCCUUUCGAUCCACGUUCACUGAACCAAAUACUUAAAAUAGGCAAAAUUGGUUAUUGUUUUGAUUGCGCAAGAGCUUGUAUGAGAAGAGAUAGGUAUAUUCGCACAUGUAGUUUUGAAAGAAAACUUUGUCGUUGCAGUUAUAGUCAUAUUCAUCAUACUCAUGGUUAAGG